UAAUGGAUAGCCUUUUAAUGGAUAAGGUGAUCUCGCAGUCACAGUCUCCUUCCCUGAAACAUCAGAACUUCGAGAGUUACUGACCUCACUUAUCACUGCUACUGAAAGUCAUGCUCUCUCUCCCAUUCCCAAAACCAUCUUCACUGUGUUUCUCUCUUUCCCAUGAACUCUACAAACACCACAGCCACUCCCGAUCUCAAUUGAGCAGAUUCAAAACUAAAGCCAUACAGAUCUCCAUCCCACCCAAGGAAUCUGACGCCCCAACCGUUAAAACCACCGGAGUCGUCAUCGUCGGGGCAGGGCUCGCCGGUUUAGCCGCUGCAACUCGGCUGAAUUCAGAGGACAUCCCCUUCAUCCUUGUGGAAGCUUCAGAUGCCGUCGGAGGCCGUGUCCGAACUGACGUCGUUGACGGGUUUUUACUGGACCGAGGGUUUCAGAUCUUCAUCACCGCUUACCCUGAAGCCCAGAAAAUCCUAGACUACGAAACCUUAGAUCUCCAGAAAUUCUACUCUGGCGCUCUUGUCUAUUACGACGGCCAAUUCCACACUGUCGCGGAUCCGCUGCGACAUUUUCCAGAAGCGUUACAGAGCUUGGCGAACCCAAUCGGAACAGUCCUCGACAAAUUGCUCAUCGGAUUGAAGAGAAUUCAAGUACUCGGUAGAUCCGAGGAAGAGAUAUUCUCGGCAGAUGAGGUUCCGAUCAUUGAUUUACUCAAGAAGACGGGGUUUUCUGAUUCUAUCAUCGACCGCUUCUUCCGGCCGUUCUUUGGAGGGAUCUUUUUUGAUACAGAGCUAGAGACAACGUCUAGAUUAUUCGAUUUCAUCUUCAAAUGUCUUGCUUUAGGCAAUAAUACGCUUCCCGCUAGAGGAAUCGCUGCGAUUCCCGAACAAAUUGCAGCGAAGCUUCCCCCUGGUUCGAUUUCUUUGAAUUCAAGGGUCGUUACGAUCGACUUCAACAGAUCAGAGUCAAAGCCACCAACCGUGAAGCUACAGAGCGGGGAGAUCUUGAGGAGCGAGCUAGGAGUGAUUGUUGCUGUAGAAGAACCAGAAGCCAAUAAGCUUUUGGCGGGAAAGCUUACGGUCGAACUGACGGGUAGCCGGCCCGCCCGGAGCACCGUAUGCUUGUAUUUCUCAGCGGAGCAGGCUCCGGUUCGAGAACCGGUUCUAUUUCUUAAUGGUUCAGGCAAGGGGAUCGUCAAUAACAUGUUUUUCGCGACCAAUGUGGCUUCGUCCUAUGGUCCAGGGGAGACGUUAGUAUCAGUCUCGGUUAUCGGGAUGUGUGAGGGUGUUUCGGAUGAUGAUUUGACGGCUAAGGUGGUCCGGGAACUCUCAGGUUGGUUUGGGAGUUCCACCGUCGAGUCGUGGAAGCAUUUGAGAACGUAUCGUAUCGGAUUCGCACAACCAAACCAAAGCCCACCAACGAAUCUGAAGAAAGACCCAAAGAUUGGGUCAGGGGUGUAUGUGUGUGGCGAUCACCUCACCUCGGCCACCUUUGAUGGGGCUUUGGUUUCAGGAAGGAGAGCAGCUGAGGCUUUACUGAAGGAUAGAGCAUUGGUUGCAGUGUGAGAUUGAUUAAUCCUUUCUCUUCUAUUCCCACUUGGAUUCUUUAUUUUCCUACUCAAAUCCAAAGAAUUUGGCUGAGAACCAAGUAAAAUUUAAAGAAUAUGUGGGUUCCAUUC